CUGCUGUCAUGUGACGGAGCUGCAGUAACAUUGUGUGUGACGUGAAGGAAGCUUUGUGCUCAGUGACGCUCCGUGUUCUGUUGCUCGGCAGCAAAAUAGGAAACUUGAAUCUACCUGCCCCUCCUUUAGAAAAGAGAAGACGGUUGGCGAAAGGCUGCAGCAGUGACGCUUCUGACCUUGAGAUGGUGAGCACUUUCUCUCCCGUCUCGUGGGUUUGACCCCUGACCUCAGCCCAGCACUCGUGACCUGCUGUGACCCGAGACUAUGAGGACCCGACCCGGCGAGGAUGAGUCACUUCCCCCUACGAGGCCCCGAGGUCGUGCGACGGAGCAGCGAGAGGAGCAGGUCGUCAGGAGCGAGCGGGGCCGCCCUCUCCUGCGGCGCCGCGACCCUGCUCUGCGCGCUGGCCUGCUGUCUCGCGCCCGACCGAGCUCACGCCGCCAUCACUAACUACAGAUCAUACUGCGGCGAGUCCGCCUACAGCCACCGGUACUACAUGCGGAUCGUGGGCGGCCGCCCCGUCGUGGCAGGCGAAUGGCCGUGGCAGGUCGCCCUCCAGCAGAAGGAUCCCUACAGCGGCAAGGGCCUUGGCCAGCACUGCGGAGGGACUCUCAUACAUCCGUCGUGGAUCCUGACGGCUGCACACUGCAUCGUAGACCCCGUGUUCAAGUUCGCGCUGCCGCCCCCCUUCUGGAGCGUCCGCGUCGGGGAGGUGAGUCUGUCGGCCGAAACCCAUCGCCUGUACCCCGUGUCCAAGAUCAUUACGCAUAAGUUCUUCGACUCGGAGACCUGGGACAACGAUAUCGCUCUGGUCAAGCUCCGGAAGCCCCUGGACCUGGAGGAGCACGCCGGCCUCGUCAACACCAUCUGCCUGCCGGCGCGCAACAUGUCCUUCAUCGGCCUGCAGUGCUCGGUCACCGGCUGGGGGAGGACCAAGGAGCAUGGCAGCAACUCCGACCUCCUGCAGACCAUCCGGGUGCCAGUCAUGACCAACAAGAAGUGCCAGCGCGCCUACCGGAAGGUCAACCCGGUCAGCAACGGCAUGAUAUGCGCAGGCUGGGACGAGGGAGGGAUGGGGCCGUGCGUGGGCGACAGCGGCGGGCCCCUGCAGUGCCGCGAGCGCGGGGGGCCGUGGAUUCAGGCCGGCAUCACCUCCUGGGGCGUGGGGUGCGCCGCCCCCUCAUACCCGGGGGUGUACAUCAGGGUGUCAGAGUACCUCGACUGGAUUUACAAGCACCUCGAGAAGACUUAGAGCGGAGCUCCAGUGUUUUAAAACCUGAAGUCAACGUUGUUUUUGUUAUGUAUUGUUAUUAUCGCCUUCCUCACCCCUAAAGUUCACUUUACGGAAAGAUAUGCGAAAUGCAGUGAAAGUAAACUUUAAUUUGGCUACCGUUAAUUCCACAGAAGAUUACAUCGACCUUGGUAAGUGUUCAUUGGAAGGCAAAUGCGUGUUGCUCACUUCAGUAUACUUGCGGAACUGACUGAAAUACGGACACUAAUGUUGAAUUUUUACAGGAAAAGUAUGACAACUGAUCAACCAUUUUUAUUUGUUGAUUUUUCCAGUCAAAGAAACGACUGUAUCACCGAAUAUAAGAAGGAAUUUAAGUGAAAAAAAUCACAAGUGACAAGUGACAUAUGACGAAAAAGUAGAAGACUAAAAUGGGCCUUCAUGAAAGCCAGUGAGCUGAGACAAGGUGUGCAUCACCACAUGUAAGAGAAUGCGCGAUGGUGUGCAGAGGAAAUUGUGAUAAAAUGGAAAAGGAAAUAACGGUGAAAUAGCUUGUUGAAAAUAUUUCUGAUUAAGUUAUGUGUAGGUAUUUAUAAUUGUAUGAUAGUAAAAAAAAUGGCUUAGAGCAUGUGGAAAUUUGAUAGAUUCACUUGAAGGUACGAAAAACUAUAUACAGUAUCUAUGGAUAUGUUUUAUAUAUUUGACUGCAUUAUUCUUCGUAUAUUUCUAGCUGUCUAUGCGUGUCUUCUUUAUUCCAGUAUACAUAUUAAUAAAAUCAAUGAGGAAUAUAUUAACAGUUUAUCAAAUAUUUUCUGGAAUAUGAAUUAAAGACUUUUCUAAAAAGAUGCAAUCGAGACUAACUUGUAUUUUAUUGCAAAACGCAGUGUGAAACAACCCAGUGAAUAUCUAAACGUACACUCUGUAUUUCAGAGAAAAAUGUAGGACAAUUUAAAUGCUGAAUCAUAAAGGAAAGUGACUUUAUGAUCACAGGACAGUCUCCAUAGAAAAGGGUGUCUCUCAUGUCAAAAGAAUGAAACGUCAGAAUAAUCCUUAUUUAUAUCUUUAGUUCGACAGCAUAAGUGAAUAUUAUUUUUAAAAAAUAGUAUAUAUAUGAUAGAAAACAGAUGCCUUCAAAACAAAUGUACAUAACAUUGCGAUUGUACGUCAAUAUCAGAUUUGUUUAUAACGCACAGCAUAUUCCAUCGGACGAGGAAGCAGGCCACAGAAUCUCUUCUUGUCGUUUACCUCAGCCCUUGCCUUCUCUUGUGCGCGUGCACUUGCUACUCAGGAAGAAUAUGAAGGACAGACGCGACGAAUUCACAUUUACAUCCGUCGACUAUGGUACUAUAUUUGACUCAUUCAUUGUUCUAGCAGUUCACGACGCUGUAACACCUUAAGUGAGGUCAUUACUAAACACGCAUCCAUUUUCUGUUUUCCUUUUGCCUUUUGGUUAUCUAGACGCUCAUAAGCUACUCAGAGCAAUCUUCGCAUGAUGGUCUUAGCUAGAUUGCUACUCAUUUCGUCCUUUACGAAGACAGUGCUCCUUAGAGUUACACUUACCCUUAAAUUUUUGCUAUAGCACUGUAUAAAUAACAUUUAUAUAAAAUAAUUUUAUAUUAUUUGCUAAGACGCUUGGACUGAAGAGCUCUAGUCUCAAACGUGUUCCCUUCCUCUUUUAUUUCCAUAUCACUACCCCUUCUUUCUCUUUGAAUUAAUUUCGUCUUCCAACAAAAGGCGUCGAAGAGGACAAGAAAUAAGUCCCGUCGUUGCCCGAGUGUCAGCUGAGAGGCGUUUCCUGGGAGUAGCGGCCGUACCACAAGUGCCUGCCUGCUCCUCAAAUGCAUCGGUACAAGUGCAUGUAGUGCCAUCUGUCGGUGAUGGUUAGGUUAAUGAUUUUAUUUAUUGAUUUAGUUCUCUGAGCAGUGAAAACCAUCAGCGACAAAUGAUUGUUUGGUUCGUUGAGCCCUGGUAGUUCUGAGUCAAUCGAGGAUUCCCGCAGCUGGAAAGUUCGUUUCUUUGCUGCUGCUUAAUGUAGACAACAAUAUCUUCCCCUUCCGGUGAAUCUUAAAAAAGAUAACGAUCCAGAGUGGAUCAACAACUUCACAAUUCGUGACAAGAAUCGACACUUUGGUCUUACAGGCAUUAGUGUGGACGAUUCUGUUCCAAUUUCUGCUUUAAAUGAUGCCCUGGUUAUCUUUCUCGUGAUACACCGUAUUGACUGUGAUUUUGUUAUAACCUCGACGUGACCAGCACGUCUAUUGUAGAGAGUUCAAAUAUAUAUUUAAUAGGAAA